UUUUAAUAUAAGUUGUUAUAAUAAAGCAAACGUGUCAGUUUCUUGAAUCAAGCACUGUAAAGAGGUAUUUAAUAUUAUAAUAUUAUACCGUAUGAGUAAUUUAAAGUUAAAAUAGUUAGAAAUAUAUAACUAAAAAUGGAUCAAGGAUUUUGUCUGUUAAUUAAAAUCGCGAUAAUUGUUGUGAGUAUUCAUGCGGUGAUAUGUCAGAAAUGUGGUGUACAGAAAGAGGUGUCCUUUGCUAGAAUACCGGCGAUCAACACUCUGUUGUCUUUGGAUGAGUUCGACACCCACAUCGAAGGUCGGGAGAUGGGUGAGGUGUAUUAUGCCCUGCCAAAACCUGCAGCGUUCAUUCCUGAUAUCAAUUACAAAUCAACUAUUACUAAAGACCCGGGAAGUACCCAAUUAUAUACACUGGCGUCAAAAGGAGAGACAGUGGCAGCAAACUCAACAUGUGCAGCACGAAUUUUUUCAUUAACACCUGUUGACGGUAUUGACAGGGCGUUGUUCUUUCUGACAAAUUGUAAGAAUUUUCUCAUAUUUAAUCUGUGUUCAGCACAUGAACUACGCAUAUGUUAUGUCC